AUGUCGUCGGAGAAGAAGGUCUCUGACACGAUCCAACCGGAUCCUGCUCAGCUUGAUGAGUUUGAUGCUCACGCCAAGGGUGAGCUCGAGCUCAAUGUCGGUGGACGCGGUGCUACCCAGCGCCGUCUGCGCAAUUACCAGGUUACUAUGAUCGGUUUCUGCAGUGGUAUUGGAACUGGUCUGUUUAUCGGAACUGGAUCGGCAUACGCCAAGGCUGGUCCAGCUGGUUUGCUUCUCGCAUAUAUCAUCGUCGGAGCUGUGCUCUGGUGUGUUAUGCAGAGUAUCGCUGAGUUGGCUACUGUUUUCCCUACCGCUGGUUCCUUCCCUCACUGGGCUACUCGCUUCAUUGACCCUGCCGUCGGAUUCUCCCUCGCCAUCUCCUACGGUUACUGUUAUACUAUCGCUAUCGCCUCGGAAACUUCGGCUGCCGCUGUCAUCGUAUCAUAUUGGACGGAUAUAUCGCCGGCUCUGGUUAUCACAAUUAGCUUGGUGUUGAUCUUGGCGAUCAAUUUGAUGAGUGUGCGAUUUUAUGGAGAGACCGAAGUCAUCGGAGGUGCUAUCAAGGUGAUUUGCUUCUUGGGCUUGGUGAUUGUCUCUAUUGUCAUCACUGCUGGUGGUGGUCCCAACCAUGAAACCAUCGGCUUCCGUUUCUGGCACAACCCUGGUGCGUGGGUGGACUAUAAUGGUAUCACCGGUUCCACAGGGCAUUUCCUGGGUUUCCUCUCAUCCUUCGUCAAUGCUUCGUUCAGUUUCAUUGGUGUGGAAACCGUUGUCAUUACCGCUGCUGAGUCUAUGGAUCCCCACCGCGCCAUUCCCAAGGCCGCUCGCCGCGUCACCUACCGAAUCGCAUUUUUCUAUAUCCUCGGCGCGUUCCUCAUCGGCAUCAUUGUUAGCCCCCAAAACGGAGGCCUCACAUCUGGCGAUGAUAAUGCGAACGCCUCGCCAUUCGUCAUUGCGAUUAAGGAAUCUGGUAUCACAAUCUUGCCCUCUAUCGUGAAUGCUUGUAUUCUGGUUGCCGCUUGGUCUGCUGGAAACUCAUACUGCUGGGUUGGAUCGCGUAUGAUUGUCGCCAUGACCACUGAUCACCAACUGCCUCAGUUCUUUGGUCGCGUGGACAAGAAGGGUGUGCCAUAUGUUGCAGUCAUUGUUGCGUGGCUGUUUGGUCCAUUGGCUUAUCUGAGUCUCGGAAGCGGCGGUCCCUCUCAAGCCUUCACUUGGCUUCUGGAUCUGAGCACCAUCGCUGGUCUGAUUGCCUGGGCUACCCUUUGCGUCUGUUACAUUCGAUUCUACGCUGCUAUGAAGAAGCAGGGUGUUUCCCGCUCGACUUUGCCAUGGACAGCACCUCUGCAGCCUUAUGCCGCUUGGUUCGGAUUCAUCGGCUCCACCAUUAUUACCCUGGUCGCUGGCUUCGACGUCUUCUUGAAGGGCGAAUGGAGCGCAUCUUCAUUCGUGGCAAACUAUGUUGGAAUUCCCAUUUUCAUUGUGCCGAUUAUCAUCUGGAAGUUAUGGCACAAGACUAAGUUCCAACGUGCCCACGAGAUUGACCUAUGGUCAGGGCGUCUCCAAGAAGGAGAAAUCACACCUCGCAAAGAACCCCCCACCACCUUCUGGGGGAAGUUCGUUGACUGGUUUGUUUAA